AUGGCCACCACAUUGACGCAUCAGCCCGCCUCGGCUGGCCCCGCGGCCACCGCUCCUUUCUCCACGGCCUGGUCUUCAAGAUAUCGAGGCGCCACAGUCGAAGAUCUUGACCCUCCUGCCGCCCUCUCUCUCAACCCGUCUGACGCAAUCUCCCUCGCCAUGAUGUCAGCCUUUGAGCGCGAAUACACACACCUCACCAUCGUCGACUCGGAAACCCGCGCCCUGCUCGGCUACAUCUCCAUCCCCCACCUGCAAUCCCUCCUCGAAGCCGGCCGCGUCCAGCCCAGCGACCCCCUCUCCGCCGCCAUGACACGGUUCCAGCGCAAAGGCCGCACGUAUCGGGUCAUCACCAUGCAGACCCCGCUGGAGGAGCUCGAGGCCUUUUUCCGCGGCGACAAGAACGACGGGACAUGGAAGGAAGAGUUUGCUGUCAUCACGGAUGAGAACCGGAGAUUUGUGCUGGGCGUGGCGACGGUGCAGGACUUGGAAGAGUUUGUCAAGAGGCGGCCUGCUUAA